UGGCGCCACUUCAAAACUUUUAAUUAAUCGUUUAAUUUGAUUCUCAUUGAUUAAAUAAUUAUUUUCGACAAGCUACAAACCCCUCUUCCCUCACUAUAAAUACCCCCUCUCUUCACGCCAAAAACCUCUUUCGACACACUCCGGAGGCUUCUAUAAGAUUGAUCGGGAACAGAUCUAGGUUUUUUGUACCGUAACUGCGACUAGACAUUUAGAAUUUGAAGACGUUGAAUCUUGAGCAUCGUUUCUAUGUUUCUGUACUUUUGUCUGCGUGGGUUCUUAUGACGUACGGCGUCCUGAUGCGUCGAAUUAGAAUUCUCCACUCCUUCUCAGUAGUAUUCCUGUACUGGUUCUAUGUGUUUUCAUGAACUAGCCUUCUGAUCCUCUGUAACCUUGAUUUGAUAGCGUUAAGAUUUAAUUCUGCUGACCAAUCGAACUCCUCAAUUAGCCCUCAUUUCAUUAGAACAAAAUCAACUGUACAUACCCAAUCAAUUGUUCAUUCAUUUCUGGGAAUGGCUUCAAAACAGCUGCCGACAAGCCCAGGUUCUGACCUGGAUGAAAGAAAGAGGAAGCGGAAGUUGUCCAACCGGGAAUCCGCUCGUAGGUCCCGGAUGAGGAAGCAACAACACUUGGAUGAGCUGAUUGCCCAAGAGAGCAAGAUGCAGGAGGAGAACAAGAAGCUCAGGCAGAUGAUUGAUGGUGCUUCUGAGCUGUAUAUUAAUUUUGCAUCUGAGAAUAAUGUGCUGAGGGCUCAGGUGGCGGAGCUAACUGACCGCCUUAGAUCGCUGAAUUCUGUACUUCAAAUUGCAUCUGAGGUCAGCGGCCUGGCAUUUGACAUUCCGGAUAUCCCGGAUACUUCGCUUGAGCCAUGGCAGCUGCCUUGUCCGGUACAGCCCAUCCCAGCUUCUGCUGAUAUGUUCCAGUACUGAAAAAUGGUGGAAAGGAUAAUUGGUUUGAACGGCCCUUCUGAUUCUCCAAUGGUGGUUUUGAGUAUAUUAGUCUUAGUUAUGAUAUUUGCUUUUAAUGAUGAGUCUGAGAUCAGGUAGUGAGGGUUCUUGUAUUAUUAAGAAGUCUGUUAAUUUAGUUUUGGAGUUAAAAUAUGUUUGCGAUGGGCUUUGUCAUGUUGGAUGGAUCUCCCUUGUAGCUAUUAUAAUUUGUUUCUUGAUUGAUGGCUCACAAAUAAAUUUGUUUUAAGUUCUAAAUUAUUACAGUGAUGGCGCACAAUAAAUCGAACCUGCUACAUGGUUUGUUACUUGUACUCGUGUGUAUGCUGGUUGAUGGCAUCUUUGUAACAAAGGUAUUGUGUAAUUAACGUGUUCCCCUUAUCGUAUUAUGAUAUUUCUAUAGAUAUUGUCCUAUAUUCUUGGGACUAUCCUCAA